UCAUGUGGCAUUCCAUUUGAAUUGCAUAUUGCGGUCACGCUGAUUAUCAUUUGUUUUAAUUUAUAACUCGGAUCGUUUAUAAUUUUAUUAUUUUCUCGAUAUAUUGUACAAUACGAACAUUCACAAUGCAAUGCAAAAAUAGUGUUGAGCUAUCAAAGACGCCAGCGGAGAUACUGCAUCAAUACGUAGAAUGCAUCAACGAUGGCGAUGUGAAAAGAACUGUGACCGAAGACUGCAUACUCAAUUUAUUUGCGCGCAGCGUGCAGGGCGGCGAUGCUGUCGCCCGAUUUCUGCGCAUCCAGCUCUCUGGACGCUACAAUCACACAGAUUUCGGCAUCCCCAGUUGCUGUGCGAUAUCGCAGCAGGAGCUGCUCACAGAACGCUACGCGCGUCGUUUUGAGCGACAUUGGCGGCGGAAGCGAGCAGCGGAGGAGCCUCGAGUUGACAGCGAUGAUGAUGUAGAGGAUGCGAAUGAUGAUCAGAGCCCAAACAAACGGCAAGUGACGCCACCGCGGUCCUCCAAAGUCACAACAAAAUUGCAAUAUAUCGAAGCCAAUGGUGUUCUUAAGACACUGCGGGACAACGCUGACGACAGCGAUGGCGGUCUAGAUUUUGGUGACUGUCGUCAGGUGCGAUUGGUGCUAGGAUUUCGUCACACUUCGGCGCCUCAAGUCUGCCUGAUUGUUUACGAGAAGCUGCAAGCGCGGUCAUCCCGUCUGCCUAUUGAACUGCAGCGUUCGCGGAACCAUCGCAACGUUCAUACCGAUGACGAGGGAGAAACGCCUGCUCCGUUAAACGUGCGGCGCACUCUUUUUGGCUCAGGCAACGACGAUGGCGACGAAGAUCCGGUUAUAUUGGCAGUUGAGGUAUCGCCCAAGCCUCGUCCUUUGAGCCGGAAGCGUCCACAUGCUAGGGACGAGCAGCAACAGAAGGCAACCAAAAAUCCCACUACUGUGUUCAACAGUAUGCGUUUCUAGGAUCAUUUUGGUUACCUAAACUGUUCAUGUUAGCACAAUUUUCAUUCAUCCCACUAAUAUAAUAGUUAAGAUCAUCAUACACACACACACAUACAUAUAUAAAUACAUAGCGCGUAUUUAUGUGUUGGUGAGAAGACUGAUUGAUGUAUUAUUUAAUCCCAGUUAAAAUUUUAUAUUUGUACGAAUCACAAUUUGUAUGGAACAUAUGUAAUAUUUGUACAUAAGUGUUAUAAUAAAAAAUUCUGAAACUUAAAA